AUGUUACGAUGUAGGAGGAUGGCCUCCACGUAUUCGCGAAGUGCGUCAUUACAGAAGUAUCUUGUGGGUCAAGUAAUACAUGGGUACGAGGUAUGUAGGGUACAGCCUGUGCCGGAUUUGAAACUGUUGGCUGUGGAUUUAAGGCAUGCUGGUACUGGGUCGCAACAUUUACAUAUUGACAGGAACGACAGCAAUAAUGUGUUUUGCAUUGGGUUCAAGACUAAUGCUCCGGAUUCUACUGGUGUACCGCACAUCCUCGAGCAUACGACCUUGUGCGGAUCGCAGAGGUAUCCUGUUCAUGAUCCAUUCUUCAAGAUGCUGAACAGGUCGGUUGCCAAUUUCAUGAAUGCAAUGACAGGGCCUGAUUACACAUUUUUCCCAUUUGCUACUACAAAUAGUAAAGAUUUCAAUAAUUUAAUUGAAAUUUAUUUGGAUUCGACUUUAAAUCCUCUCUUGACUGAGGAAGAUUUCUAUCAAGAAGGUUGGAGAUUAGAGCACAACAAUGUUGAUGAUCCAAGCAGCGCUUUAUUGUUUAAGGGUGUGGUUUAUAAUGAGAUGAAGGGUCAGGUAUCAAAUAAUGACUAUUUCUUUUACAACAAAUUUCAAGAAAACAUUUGUCCCUCUUUACAAAAUUCAGGUGGUGAUCCCAAAUUUAUCACCGAUUUGGCUCAUCAAGAUCUCGUAGAUUUUCAUGCCAGAAAUUAUCAUCCAUCGAACGCUGUCACUUUCUCAUAUGGUAAUCUCCCAUUGAAUGGCACUUUAUCAAAAUUGGAUGAAUUUUUCACUGGAUUUGGGAAACGUUCCUCAUCACAGGGGCUGUCAUCACCGAUUUCACUUCAUAACGAUAUCGAGGUUAUUGAGUCAGGACAAUCUGAUCCUAUGCUACCACCAGAGAAACAAGUUAAGACGUCCAUGACUUGGAUUUGCGGACCUUCUAACGACUUGUACAAUUCUUUUCUACUUAGAAUUUUUAGUAAUCUUUUACUGGAUGGGCAAUCGUCCGUAUUCUACAAGAAGUUAAUUGAGUCUGGCCUUGCUUAUGAAUUUUCUGUAAACUCUGGUGCUGAAUCUAUGGGUUCAAAAAAUUUAUUAACCAUUGGGGUUCAAGGCGCUGAUGACAUCAAUACCUUCAGAAGCAUAGUAACUGAUACUUUUCAGGGGCUAUUAAAAUACGACUUCGAGAAUUCAAAAGUACAAGCCAUUAUUCAUCAACUUGAAUUAAAUAAAAAGGACCACAAGCCGGAUUUCGGUCUUCAAUUGUUAUAUUCCAUAUUACCAGGUUGGUUGAAUAAGACUGAUCCUAUAGAACUUUUGAAAUUUGAUGAAUUAUUAACCAACUUUAAAGAAGAUUGGAGAAAUAAUGGUAGCAAAAUUUUCCAUGAUUUGAUCUCAAAAUAUAUUUUGAAAAAGCCAUGUUUCAAAUUUACGAUGACAAGCAAAGCCCAAUUUAAUGAAAGCUUGAAAAUUGAAGAAGCUGAAAGAUUGGCUGGGAAAACGGGGAAUUUAGAUGAAACUGAUAAGAAGACCAUAUUUGAACGGAAUCUCAUUUUAAAGGAUAAGCAAUCCAAAACUGAAGAUUUAUCUUGCUUACCAAGUUUGAAAAUUUCAGAUAUUCCAAAGAUCGGCACCUUUUAUCCAUUGAAUCUUGAUGUUACAAAUAGAUUUAUGACAAGGUUGACUGAUACUAACGGAAUUUCAUACUUAAGAGGUAAAAAAGAAUUAAACAACAUUUUACCAUUUGAAUUAUACCAAUUCCUACCACUUUUCGCUGACUCGUUAACAAGUGUUGGCACUUCAAUGGAACCUUUCCAUAAAAUUGAAGAUGAAAUUAAAUUGUCUACUGGUGGAAUUUCGUAUUCUGCAAAUGUUAUUUCAAGCCCAACGUCUCUUCACCCUAGAUUGACUUUUAAUUUUAGUGGCUGGUCUUUGAAUUCUAAGACAGAUCAUAUUCCUAGGUUAUGGUCGAAGUUGCUAGUUGAGACUGAUUUUAGACAAAAUAAAGAAAAUUUGAGGAUUCUAGUCAAGAUGUUAGCGUCUUCCAACCUUUCAACAGUGUCAGAUUCCGGUCAUUCGUUUGCUAAAGGAUAUGCAGCUGCCCAAUUCAAUGUCACCAAGGCUAUUGAUGAAUCACUAAACGGUAUAAAGCAAUUACAAUUAAUUAUGAAACUAAAUAAGAUUGUUGAAGAAAAUGAUGACGAACUUUUCGAAAAAGAGAUGAUUGAACCCCUGGAAAGAAUUCAAAAACUCAUAACCAACAAUUCCAAUCUAAAGUAUUUCUUAAUUUCAGAUUCGACAUCAAAAUUAAAUGAGAUUAAAGAGGAGAUAAUUCAAAAGUUUGAAAUUAAUCUUUCAAAAAAAGUAGACUUAACAACUGAUAAGAUACAAAAUUAUCCACUCUUACCCAGCUAUCCUCACACAUUGUUAAGUUUCCCAUUUCAAACAUAUCACACGUCGAGAAGUCUACCCAUUGAUAUACCUUAUACACAUGCAGAGACUGCAGCACUGCAAAUUCUUACGAAUGUGAUGACAUCAACCUAUCUACAUAAAGAAAUACGUGAGAAAAACGGUGCAUAUGGAGGCGGAGCCGCUUACGAUGCCGUCAAUGGCACACUAAAUUAUUACAGUUACAGAGACCCCAAUCCUUUAGCGUCUCUAGAUAUAUUCAAAGCACCUACGGGAAACAUUACGGUAGAAUCAGUCAAUGAGGCAAAAUUGCGUGUUUUCCAGGACAUUGAUGCCCCAGUUAGUAUAAGAAAUGAGGGAAUCUGGAAUUUCGACAACGACAUCACAGACUCAAUGAGACAAACAAGAAGACUUGCAUUAUUAGACGUGACAAAACAAGACGUGGACAAUGCUCUGGAGAAAUACAUACUGAAUGACUCGAAUGCGGUCGAUGUGGUUCUGGGCCCCAAGACAGAUGAAAUGAAUGCCGGCUGGAAUGUAAUCGACAUUUGA